AGCAGCUUUGUUUGUUGCGCAAAUAGGUGAAGAAGAGAGAUCCGAAAGAGAGAGAGAAGAUGAAUUCGUUUCUGCAAUCGUUCCUGGAUCCAAAGAAGAACUUCCUUGCUCGUAUGCACAUGCAAUCCGUCUCCACUCGCCUCCGUAGAUACGGUCUGAGGUACGAUGAUACGUACGAUCAGUAUUACCACAUGGACAUCAAAGAGGCCCUGAACAGAUUGCCCAGGGAGGUCGUUGACGCUCGUAACCAGCGUCUCAAGCGUGCCAUGGAUCUCUCCAUGAAGCACGAGUACCUCCCCGAGGAUCUCCAGGCGUUGCAAACCCCAUUCCGUAGCUACCUUCAAGAGAUGCUCGCUCUCGUUCAGAGGGAAAGAAAGGAACGUGAAGCCUUGGGAGCUUUGCCACUCUACCAGCGCACACUUCCUUAAGCAUACCUUUUUCCUUCCACCUUUCUUAUGAUGAUGAUCAACUCUGCUUCUCUGCAUAAUACUUUUAUCUCCAAAUGGAUGACAUUGAUAUUUUGGAAUCAGAACCUGGGAUAUGUUGCUUGUUUUCAUGUUUGCCGGCUUGAAUAAAAGCGAAAACUCAACUCUGCUUGUUCAGUGCUUUUCAUUUUUUUUUUUCAGUUUCUUUCGUUGUUAAAAACAGUGAAAGAUAUCCCACAUACAUAUUAUAUGAGUUUUAAUUUGGCCUUUUGGAGCAUUGAGAAAUGAAACUUGGGGAUUUCAAC